GGGGUUUGGUGAGGUCAGCGCGCGCGCGUAUCCGGGGAAUGGAGCGCGUGAGUCAGAAAAUGUCCGGCCUCCAGCUCAACCUGGGCCCCGUGAAGGAGCCACUGGGGUUCAUCAAGGUCCUGCAGUGGAUUUUUUCUAUCUUUGCUUUUGCCACCUGUGGAGGGUACAGUGGCCAUACCUCCAUUAAAGUCAGCUGUUGGGACGUUAAAAAUGAGACCCUUGAGGCGGCUUUUGGCUAUCCGUUCCGGCUGAACAAUGUGUUGUUCAAAGACCUGGAUUCCAAACUAUGUAACAACACAUGGAUCCAGACCCACCUCGUGGGCGACUUCUCCUCCUCGGCCCAGUUCUUUGUCACCUUCGCUGUCUUUGUCUUCCUCUACUGCAUGGCGGCGCUGGUGCUGUACGUGGGGUAUCUGCACCUUUACCGUGGCGCUGGCAAGCUGCCCAUGAUCGACUUUGUGAUCACCAUGUUGGUCGCGCUUCUCUGGCUGAUCAGCACUUCGGCUUGGGCCAAAGCUCUGACUGACAUCAAAGUAUCCACCGGGCCUGGGAUGUUGUCGGAAAUAGCCUUCUGCCUUUUGCCCCAAAAUUCCUGCCUGUUCGGUGAAGUGAGCAGCAUGGGCUCCCUCAACGUGUCCGUGGUUUUCGGCUUCCUGAACCUCAUUCUGUGGGCAGGCAAUGCUUGGUUCGUGUAUAAGGAAACCAACUUGCACAAUCCCCCAGAAGCUCCGGCCCCAGGCAGCGCUCCGGCUCACGCAGGAAUGUAAAUGGCCUCGCUGGGACGCACCAGGCCACGCACGACCCCUCCGCCUCAACUUGGCAUCAGCACGACUCAUCUGUCUAAUUGUAGUCACCGUUUCAACCACCUGGGGGCGGGUGGGGAUUGCAGAUACAGCUCGGCUUUCAAUUGCGAGCAGGUGCCUUUGAGUUUUGAAGGCAGCGGUGCUUUGGCAGGGUGUGAUGGUGGUAGGUUGGUUUUGUUUUGUUUUUUGCUUUAUUCUUCCGAAAUAUUACCCUGGGUGUUGGCAAGGGAGAGGGGCAGCUUCUUCGUGAGAAUGGCGGCCCGGCAAAAUAUCCAUAGCAUCUAGCGCAGUGGUUCUCAAACUUUUGUAUUGGUGACUCCUUUCACCUCUGAGUGCAACCCCCCCCCUUUAUAAAUUCAAAAUACUUUUUUGUAUAUUUAACACCAUUGUAAAUGGUGGAGGCGAAGCGGGCCUUGGGGUGGAGGCUCACAGCUCGCAAUCCCCCAUGUAAUAACCUCAUGAGCCCCUGCGGGGCCAUGACUCCGUUUGAGACCCCCUGGUCUGGGGUCCUAGCCCUCGGCUGGCGUGACCCAGCAGCGCUCUGCUGAACCGAAUAGUGCUGUCGGUGGCAGAUUGGCACGAAGCUAUUGAUUGCAGAGAGGGCUGGUGCAGCAAGUGACUGAUCGCAGAGAGAGCGAUCUGUUGGCUAGCUGUAAUCGGUAGAUCUGUGCUAAUUGGGAUAGAUCUAGAGCACGUUGAUACUGAGAUGCACACGCAGAUCGCUGCUGAUUUCUCUCAGCUGAGUGGCUGGCCCUGCAUUUCAAGAAGUGCUUUUUGUCUUUUCUGCCCCUCUGAUGGGGGAGGAUUUGUAUCAGGGGCUCAUGGUGGCGGGGCCGGGGGCGGAAACUGCGUUUGAAAUACACUACUCUCACUUUGUACAUGACACACACCACUUCUCUUGAUUUGAAAACCUGCAUUAGCCCCAGGCUUCCUCUGUAAUCGGCCCGAACCGAUUCUUCGUUGCAAAAGUGAGUUUUGGAAUCCCAGCGUUCACUCCCCCAGGGCAGAGCCGGUCGGGAGGUGAUUUUUGGCAAACCGUUUUUCCCCACUGAAAAAUGCAGACUCAUCGAAAUGGAAACUUUUUCGAGUUGGGAGAUUUGUCCAAAACGAGCUGGAUACGCCACAGUCUGGGUUUGGAGGAAUCUCCUGAGGUGGAAAAUGUAUCAAGGGCAGAAAGUUUAUCAAUUGUCCAUGCGUCAGCAUGAAAAGGGUUGGGGGUUUUGAGUCGACAUUUUUGGUUUGAAAUUUUAGUAAGAGUGGGCUUAAAAAGAGCUGACCGCAAAACAACGCUCCUUAAAAUCAUGGAAAUGAAAUGUUUUGAGCCCAGCUGAAAUUUUUUCUGGCUUUUUGCCAAAAUUGUCACGAGCUGGGGUUUUUCAUCCCAGAUCAGGAGAGGAAAAUUUCUUAAUCUCAAAAAUUCCCCCCCUCGCUCUAUGAAUCUGAACAGAGGUUUGGAGAGUGGUACUGCAUUUUUAUUUUUGGUUCAGUCACUCUUGUAUAUUUCCCCUCCUGCUAUCAGCUUCUAGGCUUCCCAGCCAGUGCUGGCUUUUAGCAGACGUUUUCCCCGGAGUUUGGCCAUCACACCUGGCUCAUUUGAACGGGCCCCGCGUCUCUCUGCCUGCAAGUAAAAUCUCCUUUGCGUUUAGUUCUGUUUUGUGCUACGUGGCUGCUUCCAAGAUGUACGCCCUGCAGAGCAAAAGCCUUCUCCGCUUUUUUCUCAGCGGGAGACGAGAAAUCCACCUCUGAAGUUCAUUGCGUUUGAGUCUGAUUGGUAGACAAUGAAACUAUGGAAGGAAGCUAAACCUGGCAGAACCUCAAGCAGUGUAGAUUAAAAUAACUCCACAGUGAGUGCCAGUUUAGACCUGUGGGAAUCUCACUUUGCUAGCCGUCCUUUCCCGUUCGCUUGGCGUCAGAUGUUGCAGAAAUUUGUGAGCAGAGUUAAGGGGGCUCCAGCUCAACCCCCAGAUCUGGGCUGGCAGCAGAGAUCCAUGCGGGCCAUUCUCUGGCCUCUGCUAUGCAGGAGGUCAGACUGGACGACCAGCUGAAUUAAGAGCCGGUUGAAAAAUUUUCCGCUAAAUGGUUUUCAGUUGGAAAAUGUGAUUUGCCUGAAAUGGAAUUUAUUUUUGGCGAAAUUGUCGUGAUUUUGGGGACAGCGUUUAGAUUAACAAAACACCGAGGGCAGUUUUGCAAAGAGCAAAACCUGUUUGGUCACGUCACAAAAUUUCCCUUCGCCGUUUUGAAGCAACAUAUUCUUUUGCAAUACGUGUGUGAGACUGGACAAAAGCCCAAGGUCAGAAUCGUUUGGCGCAAGCUCAAAUGAGUUCUGCGCCCAGUAUUUCAUUGUGUGAAGAAUUUGGAAAUCUUGGCUUUGGGAGAGAGGGGAGGGAAGUGAAAGUUUGAAAAUUUUUGCAGGAGGGAAAAAUCUCUACCAACCAGCCCUUAUGUCUGUGAUCCAACGUUUCACUUUGCCUGUGGCAAAGGGGCCAGGCUGUGGGAUGGGCUCGGUUGUGAUGCAGAUGCGCGUGGGAUUCUUUCACCCUGCUUUUGUCGCUGGUUUGUAUUUGCCUGGGAUCAAGGUUCAAAGCUCGGCUUUAAGGUCAUGACAGGUGGAAGCUGGGCCUGGCUUUUCAUUUUUUUUAUUUACCCUUUUUCUUAUGAAUUGUUCGAGAAAUAUGUAUGUCCUGUAUGCCACCGACUUGAUAAUAAAAACCAAUUAUCUCA